AUGUCUACUGGAAAAUAUCUUUUAGGAACUGCUGCCCUUGUUGGUGGUGUUUACUAUUAUGACCAAUAUGUUCAACCAAUCUUACCAAGAAAACAACGUGAAGAAUUGGCUUAUCAAACCAAAAAUUUAGAACAAUCUGCUAAUGAUAUCAAUAAUAAAUUGACUAAGAAGAUUGAAGAAGGCAAGGAUUUUGUUGUUAAACAAUCAGAUGCUGUUACCAAACAAGUUAAAGAUUCUUCAAUUUAUAAAGAUGUUAAGAAAAGCACUGAAGAUUAUAAAAGUGCUGUUGAAAAUGCUACUGAUUUCGAUAAGACUUCAGCCAGAAAAGCUAUCCAAAAAUAUAUUGAUUUUAUCAAUCAAUUAGGUGAAGGUAAAUUUGAAACUACCACUACUCAAUAUUCUACCAUGUCUCCAAAUGUUGAAGUUAAAGAAACUUCAAUUUUUGACAGUUGGUUUGGUGGAGCUAAAACCGAUGCUCAAAAGGCAAAAGAUGAAGCUAGAAAGAAGGCUGAAAAUGCUAAAGAAUCCGUUAAAGAUGCUACUAAAAAAGCUGAAAAUGGAUUUUUCAAUUGGUCUUCCCCAAAAAUAGAAGAAGCUGAUAAACAAAUUGAAAAAGCUGCAAAUGAUACCGUCAAUUGGGCUAAUAAGCAAUACAACCAAGCUGCCAAUGAAGUUAACAAACAAAUUGAUUAUGCUUCUGCUGAAUUCAACAAAUACUAUGCUAAAGCUGAAAAGGACUGGAGUAAAGCUAUCAAUGAUUUGAAUAAACAAUGGGAAGAUACCAAGAAGCAUGUUAAUGGUAGAUAUGAUACUGAAAAGGAUAGAGCCAUUAAGAAUGUUCAAGAUGCUAAGACCAAUUUUGAAAAAAUCACUAACGAUGUUGCCAACGAUCCUUAUAAAAAUCAAAAAUUGAAUGAUGCCAAAGAACAUUUCAAAAAAUCUGUGGAUAAUUUGAGAUUAUUUGGUGAUGAUGUUUAUAAUGAUUUCUCUAAGAGAUUCAAUGAAUUAUUCAAUCAAAAAUAA